AUGGCGCCUUUGGUCACGUACUGGCCCAUUGCGGCCGGCAUCGUCACCCUUUACAUUCUCCAGAAGCUCUGGAUCGAGUACUCGCACCGCCGCAGGGCGCGCGCGCUCGGCUGCAAGCCCGCGUACCGCCGCCAGGGCUGGCUCCCGUUCAGUAUCGACCAGGUGUACCGCGCCAUCAACGCGCUCAAAGAGAAUGACUUUCUCAACGCAGAGGUCCGCAUCUACAAUGAAAUUGGCCGGCGGACCACCUUUCAACAGUCGAGCCUGGGCAACAAAUUUUACAUCACGACAGACCCAGAGAACAUCAAGGCCAUGCUCGCCACGCAGUUCAAGGACUUUGGGCUGGGGCCGAUUCGGUACAAUGUCCUGGAGCCGCUGCUAGGCCGCGGCAUCUUUACCUCGGACGGCAAGGACUGGCAACAUUCUAGAGCCAUCCUGCGUCCUCAGUUUACGCGCACCCAAGUCUCCAACCUCCACGUCGAGGAGAUUCACGUCCAGCACCUGCUGAACCGCUUCGAGCACGGCGCCGACGGCUGGACCAAGGAGGUCAACCUGGCGCCUCUCUUCUUCAACCUGACGCUCGACUCGGCGACCGAGUUCCUCUUUGGCAAGAGCGUCAACACGCAGAUGCUUGGCGGCCCGCACGCCAAGACCGAAAAGACGGGCGCCGCCGAUGACGAGGGCAUGGAGGACUGGUCGUCGUUUGGCGCCUCCUUUGACGGCGCCAACCAGAGCAUGACGCGGCGCUUCAUCCUCAUGAACUACUACUACCUGUACGACUCGGCCUCGUUCCGGCGCAACUGCGCCGAGGUGCGGCGCUUCGCCGACUACUACGUGCAGCGGGCGCUGUCGCGCUCGCCGUCCAAGGCCGAGGAGGACGACGGCACCGAGUACGUCUUCCUCAACGAGCUCGUCAAGGAGACGCGCGACCCGGACGUGCUGCGCAACCAGCUCCUCAACAUCCUCCUCGCGGGGCGCGACACCACCGCCGGCCUCCUCGGCUGGGCGACGCUGCGCCUCGCGCGCCAGCCCGCCAUCUACGCGCAGCUCCGCGAGGCCAUCCUCGCCGACUUUGGGCCCUACUCCUCCGACACGUCGCGCAUCACGUUUGAGACGCUCAAGGCGUGCACCGCGCUGCAGCACGUCAUGUCGGAGACGCUGCGCCUGCAUCCCUCGGUGCCGUCCAACUUCCGCCGCGCCCUGCGCGACACGACGCUGCCCCGCGGCGGCGGGCCCGACGGCCAGUUCCCCGUGUACGUGCGCGCGGGCUCCGAGAUUGUCUACAGCACAAACGUCAUGCACCGCCGGCCCGACGUCUGGGGCGACGACGCCGACGAGUUCCGCCCGGACCGCUGGGAGGGCAAAAAGGUCGGCUGGGAGUACCUGCCCUUCAACGGCGGCCCGCGCAUCUGCCUGGGCCAGCAGUUUGCGCUCACAGAGGCCGGGUACGUGCUGGUGCGGCUGCUGCAAAAGUAUGACAACAUCGAGAGCUUGGAUAUGGACCCCGUCAUCAAGUCGAAUCUGACGCUCACGUCGUCGCCGGUGCAGACGUUGGUGCGGCUGCAUGAAGCGUCCGUGUAA